AACCUUUAAAGUUGAGGACAAUUUUGUCUUAAUCUUAUCACAGGAAGCGUCGGAAAACGUAAGUAUUGUCUUCUCAAAAUCAAAGAAUAAAAUCCCAACUCAGCUGAUUCCCCCACCACUGCAAAACGAACGAGCCAAGAACAUGGAAAACGGGUCGGAGUUGGAGAAAUGGGGUUUCCGAGGGAACGAGAAGCUGAGCGCGGCGCUGGCGUCGGCAGUCACCGUCCGAGGCAUUCUGAUGAAGCUAUUUGAAAGUCUUAGCAAAGAUGAUCCAAGGCCGACCGUGCCUCUCGGCCACGGCGACCCCUCGGCGUUUCCGUGCUUUCGAACCGCCGCCGUAGCCGAAGAUGCCAUUGUUGACGCUGUCCGCUCCGCUAAGUAUAAUGGCUACGCACCGCCGGUUGGUAUCCUGCCGGCGAGGAGGGCCAUAGCAGAUUAUCUGUCUCGUGAUCUUCCAUACGCUUUAUCGCCAGACGAUGUUCAUGUCACAAUUGGAUGUAUCCAAGCAAUUGAAGUAACAAUGGCAGUCCUUGCCCGCCCUGGUGCCAACAUUCUGCUUCCGAGACCCGGCUUUCCAUACUACGAGUCACGUGCUGCAGCUAUAAAUCUUGAAGUUCGUCAUUUUGAUCUUAAUCCUGAAAAGGGUUGGGAGGUUGAUCUUGAGAGCAUUGAAGCUCUUGCUGAUGAGAAUACUGUUGCCAUGGUCAUCAUAAACCCUGGCAAUCCUUGUGGAACUGUCUAUACACACCAACAUUUGAAGAAGAUUGCAGAGACAGCAAGAAAGCUGGGUAUUCUGGUUGUUGCAGAUGAAGUUUAUCACCAUCUCACUUUUGGAAGUAACCCGUUUGUGCCGAUGGGAGCAUUUGGAUCAAUAGUGCCUGUUAUCACACUAGGGUCUAUAUCAAAGAGAUGGAUUGUACCAGGUUGGCGACUUGGUUGGAUUGUGACAAAUGAUCCUAAUGUCCUCCAUCUAUCUAAGCGUUUGAAAUAA